AUGGAAAAAAGAUAUAACAAAAAAUAAUAAAUUGAUGAAAAUUCAGUGUUUAAAAAUAAUACUAGAAUUAUUUAAACUUUAGUUUUUGCUUAGAAAUCAAAUAUGUUAAUGGUAGGUAGUGAUGAUCGUUUAAUAUAAAUAUUUGUAUUUUAAUACAAGAAAUGGUCAUUAAAAUUUUAAGAGAAAUAAGAUUAUAAAUUAAUAUUUAUAUGUUCACCAUGUGAUAAUGAUUUUAUAUCAUAUUAAAUAAAGGGAUAAUAUGAAGUUUGGAAAAGUUUACAUAAAAAUAAAAUUUUGGUAUGGGAGAAAAUUAAAGGAUAUGAAGAAGGCAAAAUAAAGAAAUUAAGUUUUCUUAGACCAAAAAAUUAUUAGGUAUAACUUAUGAAGAUGGUAAGUUAAAAGUAAUGUAAGUUUAAUCAGAUGGAAAUAAACAAGAGAUUAAUAUAGAUUAAAAGAAUGGUGAUUUAUUGGUCAUGUCUUAUUUAUCACCUUCAUAAUCAAACAAUUUUAUCGAGGCAUAAUAAUAAUAAUUUAAAAUGGGGACAUUUAAAAAAUUUUAAUCUAAAUUUGCGAUACUUGCAAAAAAUAAAUUAUAAGUAUAUAUCGAGGAUAUUGAUUGA